GCACUGCGCUGUGGCAGGGUCUCAACGCAAGUUUCCGCGAGCUCCACAGCAAGCGGCGGGAGGGUAGCUUCUGCCACACCAUGCUUCUGACAGACGGCGAGACGGAAGAUAGUGCUCAGAUCAUGCAGCUUCUGCAGGACGCCAAGGUUGGCUAUGGCGGGGAGAUCCCAGGAACUGUCAGCACCUUCGGCUUCGGCUACGAGAUUGACAGCAAGCUCUUG